AUGGUUUUGGUUAUUUUAGACACACCACUUUGGCGAAACGGACCACCCGAGAAACCAGUUUUGUGCAAUGCUUGUGGUUCAAGGUACAGAUUAGGGAAACCCCUGGAAAACUAUAUACCCAAGAGUACUCUUCAAAUUAUUCAAAAGAAGAAACGGAAAGCAGUGCCUAAAUCAAUUGUGACUAACAAUGGCAAUGCCUCCUAUUCAUCAUCCGCCAUGGGAGAUUAUGCAAGUUCUGAGUCUUCAACUGCACAUAAUCUCAACUUUUGCUCUAUAAAACAAGAGAAUCUAGAUGAUGAUUUUCAUCCAGUUGAAGAUUUGGGAAGUUCAUGGAGAAAUCAUUCAAGGAAAAGGUCAGCAGUUGUUUACAAUAGUCUUACAACAAUCCAAAAACUUGAAAGGGACCUUCAGAAAAUUCUAAGACAUGAACCACAUCUUUUCAAUGGAGUUGAAUCUCAAGAUGAUGUGCUGAUUUAUAACGUUAACAUCAACAACCUCCAAAUUCCUUCAAAAGAAAUUGGUCUUGGUACCAUUCUUCUCAAUGAUUUCCCUGUUUCUUCUCCUCCUUCUUCCCAUCAUCAAGAUGAGCAGGAAAUUGAAGUUUCGCCCCCAAAUCACGCUCCGACAGCUCCUUCCUAUCCGUAA